AUGAAUGUUCGAAGACGCAAUGUUCGUGUAGCCACUCAAAAGGUAUAUUACCUUUUCUGAAAUGCCUUGAAAGCCAUUUAGUUAAAAGUUCGGUGUUUGGCAUACAUCCUCAAGCGCGAAUCAGGCUAUGGUCGUCGUUUCGACUCGACCAAUGUCAAAGCUAUUUGUGGCAGGUUGCCUUUCAUCUGGGAAGGCAGAGGAUUCUCGUUGAACGGACUUGACAAAGUGUUUGCUUCCCAGUGGCUCUCAAAUGAUCAGGUCAUUUUGGGGUCUAAAUGCAACCACCUUGCGCUUCUUAACUGUCUUACGAGAGAACUUCAGCUUAUUCCCCUACUGGAAGAAACCGGCACGUACGAACCUCCCUUACCUGUUUCACGUAUUCAGAAUUUGUAAUCCCGAAGUCAAAUGUGCCUCUGGCAUCCAUGCUAUUCAGUUGAAUCCGUCACAGACUUUUUUGGCUACCGGAGGCAAAAACAUUACAACAGUUGGAGUGUACAGUCUGCCAGAACUUUCCCCCUUUUGUAUUUUUCAGGUAACUUAUUAUAUUCUGUCAUGGUUAUACCUCUGUGUUGUUCUUCGACCGGAGGAGCAACAUAGAAUAUACCUCUCCCCAAUACGUCCCUAACACGCGUUUCUUGUUUGGCUAACAAGUGUAGAACAUAAGAAUGCUUCGAUGACUACUGAGCUUUAUCAAAGACCUUGCUUCCUAUAAUUCGAAAGUGGCUCGGCAAUUCUUACGUCCUUCACGUCAGCUAUUUGCCGCCCUGUAUUGAUUGUCGUCAGUGUUUCACUAGCGAUAGCUCACUGACUCAAUUAUCACGUGCGCUGUCUUCUGAGUUUUAGUGUCAGGUUCAUCAUUUCUUAGAGAAUAGGCUGAAUUCCUCUUCUCAAAUUACCGUUAGUAAAGUGAGUAAUGGCCAUUGUCCCGGCCGUUCAGAUUUCACCUUGCGCCUUGAGAUUGUUCUGACCGAAAGUUCCAAAAUAUGAGCGCUGAUAGCCGUUUACUUGAAGCCACUUCCACCGAGAAAGGUUUUUGUAUUUAGAUAGAAUGCAUGUUGUCUUUAUCACGUGCUUUUCUGAUCCGCGUCACUUCUUCAUCUUCAGAAACAUCACAAAAAUUGUGUCUUCGACAUCAGGUGGCUUGAUGAUGCCUGCCUUGCCUCAUGUUCUCGAGAUUCGUCCCUGGCGCUCUGGCGUUUACCGUGUCCUGAAAAAGUUAGCUCGCAGCCAGAGCGCUUAUCGUCCUCUUUUAUCGGUCGUAUGUCUCCCUCCGUUGAUUAUCAGGCAAUUAGCACUCCUAUGGCCAGUGUUGUAUCUGAACUCCCGGACGACCGAUUUCGCGCUUUGGAGUACUUGCCCUCAAGGAAUAUGUUUGCCCUUGUUUCAAUGUCUAGGCAUUUUUACCUCUACGACGCAGAAAGACUGUUCGGUGGUGACUCCCAACGACCCUUUCAUACAAUUUUUCUGCGCUAUUCCGACAGGGUAAUUUUAAUUUUGUUUGUUGAUACACUGUUCUUAGCUUUAUCUUUGUAUCUUUCGGUACAAUCAUUUUUCAGAGUAUUGUAAGUGUCGAGCAAUAGCUUUUUUAACAGUCAUAUUGAGAACUACAACUAACGUGUCACGGCCUCCUAAGUUGUUAGCCAGAAACCCUGUCACCCAUGACGUUUCGCCGCCUUGACUGACUAACUCUAGAUUCACCUCGUAGCUGACUCACGUAGCCGGCAUGUUUUUGGCAUUCUGAACGGCCGUAGAUGUGAUAGUACCGUUGCUAUAUUAAACCGACAUUUUUUGUUCUUAAGAUGUAUUGUCAGAAAGUUUUUCCCAUUAUUCGACUCACAAAGGUUUUGGAGCGUUCUUUUUGCAACUCCUUUUUAUUCCUCACAGCACGGUAAUUUGUACCAGAGGCCUUUGCUGUGCAUCACGUUCCACGAUUUCCAAUUGUAGGUCGUCUGUAUGCUAGCCAUAUUUGUGGUGCGACUACUCUAACUGUUUGAGAUUUCUCCUACUGUUGUUGAAUAGUUUGCAUCGGCGCAGGGUAAGGUAGGGCCUCCACAAAUUACCUGCCCUGGUUUAACAUGUUCUAACUAUGCUAGAGCAGAUUUAGGACCCUGCAGCUUUUCGUUUACAAGACUAAAAUGCCAACAGGCUCAAAUUCACUAGGGAAUCUGCCGCCGACCAUCUUCAAUAGGUGACCAUUAUCGUGGAUCGGCAACGUAGCACCGGCUUAGUCGGUCGUAAUAGAUUCCAUCAAAAAUAAAAGUGGUAAAGCACUGUCUCUACUUUUAUAUAUAAAAAACGCAAACCGCUGCUAGCUAAACGCGGGCCAUCAUAGAUUAUAUGAGUAAUCCGCGACCACUUGUGUGAUGCUUGUACUUGGCAUGACCGUUAUCAUGUUUGACCUUGCCAUCAUCGAUUAUAUGCCCGACCAUAAUCCUCUAUGUAUGAAAAUCUGCAGUAGCGGAUCUGAUGAUUUUGACCCCUUCGUUUUUCCCGCAUCGGAAACCUAAUAUCGAAAGUCCAAGAACUACCUUUGUGUCUUGGCCGACUAUAUGAACCAGGUUCUUGUUUGACUUUCUCCCUGCUGCCUCUCAGUUUACAGCGGCACUGAAAUCGUGGGAUUGGCAAUGAAAAGUGUGUUCAGACUACCUCGGCCGUCUUUUGAUGACCUAAGAUAUUCUCCUGGCGGUUGCAGCGAGUGUGGAUAUUUUUAUCUGGGGCAGAUUAGGCGUACUUCAGUAAGAGGGUGGUUAUCAGGCAACCGUUGCCAAACACUUGCAGUUUUCGCCCGUCUCCUACGCGCAUAUUCCAGUAGAUAUGGGUCUUAUGCCAAUAAAAGUAUCACGGUGGGUUCAUAUGCACGUAGAGCUUACAAAGGCUGUGAGCGACAUGGACUCAGGAAACGGUGUCAUUCUUGCCCUGCGUGCUGGGCAGAAAUGUUGCUUCCAGGUAUUCAUGGCUGUUCAUUGCUUGAAGUUGACAGCUGUCAAUCACGACGGGUGCCGUCUGCUGAUGAGGCAUGCAUCACGUUAUGCAGAUUACCAAAGCUUGACGCUCGUAUGGUUAUAUUGUUAGCGUAGCAGAGGUUCAGCCGGCCACUGGGUGUAAAUCGACAUCAAAACCGCGUACGACUCUUCCGAGAUCCCAGUCAAUGAAAUAAUUAAACAAGCUGGGCGACAUAAUGUAACCUUGUCGGACGCUAGACCAGAUGUGGAGCGAUUGGCGGAGAUUCCUGUAGAUAAAGGCAGCUCAGUGGUGGAGCAGUCUUAAUCAUUGUGAUAACUUUUGCUGGCAUAACCUCUAGUUCCAUUUUCCGCCACGGGGACUCGCAAUGCGCGGAAUUGAUGCGGAAUUGACCUUUUCUGCAACAUGUAUGGGACUUAUGCUGCGGUAGUUAUUUCACUUUGUUUUAUCUCACUUCUUGAAGACAGUCACGAGGGUGCAUGAACACUAGUCAUCAGGAAAGGGGUCGUCUCCCCAAGCUUGUUUAACCACCUCAUAUAGUCAGAACACACGUGUCGACACAAGGCUUGAGGAUCUCCGUGGGAAUACUGUCCCCUCGCGGUGCCUCAUUUCGCCGUCUCAGUAUUGUGUCGAAUGUAUCACCCUGGCAAGGGGUUUUACAUAACACUAUUCAUGUCAAAAAGGAUGGAGUUCUGCUGCAGAGGAGAACGAGGGGGUAAUGGGUUAUUCAUCGAGUCGAGGUGCUGGAAGUGCUUGUACCAGCACUCGACCUUGGUCGAGUUGUCAGCCAUCAAGCCAUCACUCAUAUCGCAAACAAAAUCACUUUAUACCUAGGGCCCGCCACUAACCUGGCGAAGUAGUUGGUGCUGUUUUCGAGUGUCACGGACGUUUCAAGCCUGCCCAUUGUAAGUCACCACUCAAAUCCAAUCAUUUUUACCGUCAUCUCCAGCUGACUUUGCCGUCUUUUUCAUAUUUAACUUAAUGGCUGUUUUGAGACCUAGCUCAAGGUGUUUGACCAGACAUGUGGUGUUUGAGAUUACUCGACCAUUCCGUUGUUUCUGGGCGAAUUCAAGCAUUAUUUCAGCCGUUUUGCGAACUGAGGACUUCAGCGCUGACCAUUCGCCUUUGUCUUCUCCGACUCGGGCUGCAAAAAACUGAACAAAGCUUCUGCCUUGCUUGAUUAACGUAAUUUUACGACAUGAAGGCGUCCGGUAUUGGACAUUUUGGCACGGAUGAAGUUAAUUUUCAAGCAAGUGUAAGUAAAAACAUGGUCUGUUCCACAGACACUUCCGGUUUCGACACCAUUGUUUGGAUUCAAGGUUGGCGAAUGCUUGUGUCUAUACUGGAAGCAAGUCUCGGUGCCCAAGCACUUGCCCUUGUUAGCAAAUCCCAGCACCCUUUCGUCGUAUUUGCGUUGAAGGCCAAGUCUAGACUGGUCAAGAAGACGGUUGUUUGAAAAACCGUUUCCCCUACCUCAACCAUUCCCGGCCUGACAACAACCAAUGCAUCAUGAGGGAAUCUUCCGGCCACUUCUGAUAACCUCAAACAAAAGUUUUCUUGAUCGCGCUCAUCGGUAGUUUAUGUUGGUCCGUAUUCAGGAACGGUGCAUUUUUUACUAGCGCCCCCUUCAGCCGGUCAUUUGCUGAUUUCUACGCAAGCAGCGCAUGGUUCUUCUGUCUUGAGGUAGUGAUGACCACUCCAUGUCCCCCUCGGUUCCGCGUACGCCGUGCCAUAAAUAAUAGUGCCCUGUUAUGACAUUUUCAUGAGAUUUCUUGGACGUGCUUUGUGUCCCCAACAGCCACCAAUAUUGCUUGUCCGAGGUUGUCACCUCCAGCUGCUAGUAAGGCAGCAGUGGUAAGCAGGAUUGCUUAAUUGUGGUUCACGGUCAUCACGCCACAGUGUCGUCAAUGAAUUUUGCGUUUUUUUAUUAGUCGGCGUGCGAGACUCCGGCCCUUCGCACAGUAGUAACUCGGUGACUGUUGGUCCGCAACCCUGCUGAUUUUGCGCAUGACCUUACUUGUGGUCUGUUUUAUCAUCCACUAUCCUAUUUGCUUCAUAUGGUCAGUAACUAGGAAAUACACUUGCGCCCUCCUCCGUCUCCGGUCUUCUUGACUCUGUCUUGACACUGGAUCCAGGUGGGGAGUGGGGAGGAGGGAGUGCGGCAGAUGCUGCGCAAGUCAGUAACUAGGAAACAGCACGCGUCGAAAUGCGUCUUAAGUCGUUCUGCCGAAAAGUGGCCUUAGUAAAAAUUCCAAGGAAGUUCAAAGACGAGUUCGCCUAUCUUUCGCUAAAUAAAACUGAACUGACACUCGAUCUAAAGCAGGCAUCUUUCCACAACAUUAAAGACAAGUCGGAAGCAAAGCCAUCUGGUUGCUUGCAGGGUGGGUCAGUACGAGACUGCUAUUGAUUCUAACAUGUUGUUUUUAACACCUUUCACCUAAUACCCUGCUGACUGUUUUUGUCGGAAUAAAUGCUCAACUUUUUGUUAUUUUCAGUUAUGGGUUCAUCUUCUCACAUGUAGGAUGUACAGUUUUCUUUAAAAAAAAUAAAUAUCUUAUGGCUACAUGUAUUCUUGUGAUAGUUUACAUUUUUUUCGAUCGUGCUGUCUUAUUGACACCAGGCGAACUAGGCGUUUUAUUAUUUGCAUUCCGUUUUUGAUUUUCAAAGGAACCUCGUAAGUUAGGCUGUCGCCAACAACGGUGUCUGUCGUGUGCCCCACAACUUGUGUUUUAGUAGUUUAUAGUGGUAGUAGACUUGUCCAGCACUUGCCAGUCUCCCCCCACCCACCUGGGCUCGGUGAUAAGACAAAGGGAGGACGACCGGCGGCGAUCUCGGCCAAGACAAACCAGCCCGUCUACGCGUGCCACACACGACCUGGUCCCCCCACGAUGUACCAGAUUUUUAUAGGAGAGGGCCGGCGUGGAUCCCCUCUGAGUGGAAGUGUCAUAAAAGUCACACUCAGCAGGGACCAUUAAACCUAACUCUCUGUCCUGAGAGAACUAAGUUACCCGGUCUGUUUGGAGCCUUCUAAGACACGACUUUUAGCGCGUCGUGAAGAUUCAAAGCAUAUCAGGUUUUGUUAUGGUGAGGAAGGCGAUGAAUGGCUGUGAGGAUGGAGUCCCCUGAGUCGACCUCUCACUUUCCUCUUCCGUGCACCAGUCGGCUCUUCAAACCGGUCAGCAAUUUUAUGCUGAGAUUGGACGUAAGUGGCUAGUGUGACCCGAAUCCUGCGCCUAGACGUGCCACUACACCCCCGGUGUGCAGCAGUAGUUAUGGGGCGCGCGGACACUGCGCAGUCAGGCUAAAAUCUGCUGUGUCCCAAUCUUGAUCCAGCGCCUCCAUAGCACAGCCCGUUGUUAAGGUACUCUUAAGGAAUCUACUGCAGAGUAUGCAACACGGGGUAAAAUGCCUUCAUAGGAUGCGGAACCACAUACUGUCCCAGUCCUCGGUGUAUUUAUAUCCUUCGGAUUUCGUAUUGCAUUAAUUAUCCGAGAGAUCUGCUUAAAUGAUCUAAUUUCACCCAUUGUAAGGAACUAGGAGGUUUUGUAUAAAUUUUGUCGUCAGGUAGCUUUAUACACAAUCGUCCGACCAACACCACCGCUUGCUGUGACAGUUAUUCUAUGUUUCGUCCUUGCAGGGCCGAUCGCAGCCCUUCAUCACCUGUUUGAUACUUAACCCUCCGGCUCUCUAGCCUUGCCUGUUUUCAUUUAGUCCAGCUUGAUUCAAAUUAUACGCCGUCCGCUGGUGUGUGACGCGUUUCUUUAGAAAGGAAUAGGUUAACCAUAUGUAGCACUUGUCUUAACCCCAUCUGAAACGUGUUCUGUUUUUUUUUAUAAUUGAUCACUUAUUUGUCCUACACAGGGUUAUCCUGUUUUUUUCACGCUCCAAAACUCUACCGCAUUUGUUUUUCUUCUUUUCCAUAGGAGGCGGUCGCACUCCGGCGGUGGCCUCUAAAUAAUAAUGUUGUCGCAGUCGCCACCCAUCGGUCUGUCCUCCUUUUCGACAUUCGUUGCCCAUCCAAGAUCAGGAACACAUCUGCGCGUUGUAUCUAUCCUCCUUUCUCCUCCUUUUCCUCCUGUGUGCGUUCCCUCAAUUUCUCAGGAAAUCUAGUAUCCUAUGGCACCUCAGCUGGAAAAGUACAUUUUUAUGACCUGGCAGCCGACAAGCACCUCCCUACUCAUUUAGACGUGGAGUCCAAGACGCGCCAGUCUAACCCAACCUGUGAAAUUUCCGGUUUUCCUCCAUCUGAGGUAGACGACUUGCCUGACCUAGCCUCCGACUUCGGUCCAUCAACUCGCUCUUCCUCGUCAAUAGCUCAGGAAGAGCUGCAGGAGGACGUGGCGGAACAGAUGUUCCGUCCUCCCUAUCUUUCAAAUUCCUAUUUUUCCACACCAGAAGAAGGUGAAGGCACGUCAACUGUACAACCUCAUUUGCGCGGCAGGAUCCGUUUCGCUGCCUCGCCGACCUCUCCAGAGUCCUCGGUGAUUGAUUUAGGCUCCAUGUCACUCUUGGGUUCGAUUUCGCAGACGCGCGUAGGGCUGGAGCGUUUGCGCAUCCGUCUAGCCCAGCUUCGUCAGACUACGGCAGCACUGCGGAUUCAACGAGCUUUGCUCUACUCCGUCGCGACUAACUCCGACUUUAUGCGCAACACGCAUAGUGACACGACCCCCUCCACCACUGCCGUUGAGGAAGGCAGUGGUGAAGUCGAAGAUUUUGUUGCCCAAUCGGAGGAACCCCCGCUUUCUGCCACCGCCCGAACCAGAAUGGUCUUCAGUUCGGAAGAGGCAACCAGGGCCCUCUUCAGCCGCUCUUUGGGGCUGUCUACUCCUGGCACAAACACUGCAGUCUACACCCACGAAUAUGACCCUUCGGGCACCCGCCUCUUUACCGCCGGCGGGCCUAUCGGUUCAGCCUUCUCGGGAAGCUUUGCCGUUGUGUGGGACUGA